GUAGACGCUACUCUGUUUUGUAUUAUUUUGGCGGGGUUCUCAGCUCCGUCCGUUCGGACGACUGAUUCAUUUUUAUAAACAGUAGCUCUCAAUCGAUGAAAUAUGGAGCGUGGAAGGAUGAGUCGGGCAACAGGCAGGCAGUCGGAGCUGCCGAUGCGAGUGCAAGACACCAACAGGACGAGCAUGGUGUACACAACACCGCAAAGUAAACAACCUUCAUUUGGAAAACUCAGCAUCCCCAAACCACAGUCUGUGAACUCCGAGAGGCGGACAAGCUUCUUUGGAGGCCGCAGGACCAGUGGAGCCAGCAUGCCUCGCAACAGCAUCAUGUCAGGGUUUGGAGGAACUGAGAAGAUCAAAGAUGCCAGACCUUUGCAUGAUAAAUCCUAUGUCCAGCAGUGUAUCAGACAGCUGCAUGAGUUCUUGACAGAGCAGGGUUACCCAGGCACCCUGGCAGCCAAGACCCUCCAGUCUCCAUCCACCAAGGAGUUUGUGAAGAUGUUUGAGUUCAUAUACCGCCAGCUGGACCAAACCUUUGAAAUGCCAAACUCAAAAGUAGAGGAAGAGGUUCCUGCCAUCCUUAAAGCCCUUAGGUAUCCUUUUGUUCUGUCCAAGUGUUCGAUGUAUUCUGUCGGAGCUCCACACACUUGGCCUCAAGCCCUUGGUGCUCUCAUGUGGCUAAUUGAUACUGUGAAGAUUAACUGGAGUUUGAGUCGUCAGGAGCUACUGUUCAGUGACUUUGGUGAAGACUGUGACAAUAUAGAAGAAGGAGCUGACUAUAACAAGCUCUUCCUGGACUACACAGCUGAGACCUACUCAAAGUUCAUGCAGGGCGAUGACAUCUUCCAUGAAGAGGACCAGGCUUUCCUCAAUAAACUAAAGAAACUUUACAACGUGGAUGAGGCCCUGCUGAUGUCCAUGGAGGAGAAACACAGAAUACUGAGUGAGGAGGUUGAAAAACUGGAGAAAGAGAGUCAGACGGAUCGACUGAUGACAAAGAGGAUGGAAAGGGUGAAGCUGCAGGCAGAUCUGAAGAAACUCCAGAGUUAUCUAAGCAGCCUGGAGUCAUUUCAAGCCAACUUGGAGAACAAAGCUUCAGAACUGAAAGAUGAACUGGAGACCACUGGCAGUCACCUGGAGUCUCUGAAACAUGAGCGAGAUGAACUGCAGCACCUCCUCGCAAACCAGAAGUUUACGCCAGCGGAUGUUGAGAGGAUCAACAGAGAGAAGAGGGAACUCCAACAAACCAUCACCAGUCUCAGCAAGUCCCUGGAAGAUGCUGAGCAGCACAAGUGGAAUGAGGAGAUUGCUCUGGCAAAAGUGAAUGAGAAGGCGGAGCUGAAGCUUGGAGAGUACCACAAGUUGGCCCGUAAACUGAAGCUGAUUCCGCAGUCUGCAGAGAACGCCUGUGGACAGGAUUUUGAGAUCAGACCGUUUGAAUGUGGACCCGGCAGCAUGGUUCAGCAUAAAACACAGAUACAGAUGCUCCUUGUAAAGCGUAUCAGUGAUGUGGAGGAGGAAAACAGUCGAUUAACCAACAUGAAACUCAGUCUGGAGGAGUCUAGUGAACAGAUGGAUUCCAACAUCAUGGACAAGUCCAAUGACCUGAAACAGAUCAGAGAGCAGAUUCGUAAGCUGGACGAGAGGUUGGAUUCUGAAAUGCAGGAGCUUGCCAGAGAGGAACAGGACUGGGCCCAAGAGAUGGAGUCGGUGGAGAACCAUCGUAAGCUUCUAGAGAAGAAGGUUACUUAUGGAUAUGAAGAGGCUGUGCAGCAACUGAAGACCGCACAACAACAGUACCACCUGGUUCUGCAGGAGACAAAUGAGGAGAGAAGAACAGUUGCCAACAACCUUACAUCUGUAUGUGACACCGCAGCAAACCACCUUUCAAUCACAGAGAAAUGUCUGGAGGAGCUGCACAGCAGAGUGCAGCGUGCCUGCUCCAAAGCUGUCGAGGAAGAUGAGGCUGCAAUACAGAAGUUGCGGGAAACCCUGAAAACCUUCACGCUGAAGGCGAACACCUUAUAAGCAGUGUAACCCAGACAUCCUGGCCAUCUAGACCCUCCUGUCUCCACCCACCAAGGAGUUUGUGAAGAUGUUUGUUCAUUUACUUCAUUUGUGUUUAACAGUUUUGGAAAUUUAUUACAUCUUUAUCAUUUUAGAUUAACAAAAGAAAUUGUCACAGUGAGUUUUUCUUUGUGUUUAAGUUAUUUUGAUUUUAAUCUAGUGUUUUUGUCUCACAGUUGUAUUGUAAAGACAAAUUGGUUCUGUAUGGAUGGAAGUUUUGACAUCUUUUAUGCAUGAUUUUCAAGUUUUUCUGUCAUGUGUCAUUCUGUAUCAAAAAUUUCACCUUUUAAUAAAAAGCAUU